AAUUCAAUCAAUUAUUUUGUUCAACAACAACAAAAAAAUGUUACCAAAAAUUUUGUUUGCCUUAAAUUUAAAUGUUAUACUAAUAGUAGUAUCUUUGAUGGCCAUCACUAAUGGUCAGGUACUUAUCGAACAGGUAACUGAUCCUAUGCUAAAAGUAUACAAUCCACCUGUACUACCACCCGAACCGGUAGCUAAUAGUGACAAACCUGUAACUAUUGAACCACCGGAAACCAAUACUACUACCAGUGCUACUAUCAGUACGCCUACUACUACUACUACUACAACUACACCAUCACCAACAAUAACAACCCCCACCACCACCACCACAGAUCAGCCAACAAGUAGUCCAACACCACCGAUAGUAUCGACAGUGUUGCCAACUGGCUGUCCAACGGCCGAUCCCCGACCACAUGACCGACAUUUUGAUGCGGCAUCGUUUUUCGGCGGUAUCAUACUGACCCUGGGUCUAAUUAUUAUGGGACUGGUUGUUAUCAGGUACCGGACCAAACAAAACAGACUGAACCGUUACAAUGAGUUUUAAAUAUUAAAUAUUAGUAUAAUAUAAUAAUAAGUUU